ACAUGCUGGCCACCUAGCGUGACGACGUUUUGGCUGACGAAGGACCCACCAACGGCGGCUCGUCGUCGGUUUCCCGAGUUGCAGGGAAUUUGAUUGUGUAAAUGAAACUUUAUCCAUCCAAAAUCCGAAUCAUCUCAUUUAACAUACCGUUUUGAGCCGGGCUAAGCGCUCACUUAGCUGCUCCAGAAUAACCUUGUGUGGAAGCCACUAAGAGGGAGCCAUGUUUCUGUACAACAUCACCCUGCAGCGUGCCACUGGCAUCACCCAUGCCAUCCAUGGAAACUUCUCAGGAACCAAGAUGCAGGAGAUUGUUGUUUCGAGAGGAAAGAUCCUGGAGUUAUUGCGGCCAGAUGCCAACACAGGAAAGGUGCACACUCUACUCACAGUGGAAGUGUUUGGCAUCGUAAGAUCCCUGAUGGCCUUCAGACUCACUGGAGGAACCAAAGAUUACAUUGUUGUGGGAAGUGACAGUGGCCGUAUCGUCAUUCUGGAGUAUCAUCCAUCAAAGAACAUGUUUGAGAAGAUUCACCAGGAAACUUUUGGAAAGAGCGGCUGCCGGCGCAUCGUCCCCGGACAGUUCCUUGCUGUCGACCCAAAGGGCAGAGCUGUUAUGAUAGGAGCCAUUGAGAAACAGAAGCUGGUUUACAUUCUGAACAGAGAUGCCGCAGCAAGACUGACCAUCUCCUCUCCACUGGAAGCACAUAAAGCGAACACACUGGUCUACCAUGUCGUUGGAGUCGACGUCGGCUUUGAGAAUCCGAUGUUUGCAUGCUUAGAAAUGGACUAUGAGGAAGCUGACAAUGACCCGACAGGCGAAGCAGCUGCCAACACACAACAGACCCUCACCUUCUACGAGCUGGAUUUGGGCUUGAACCACGUGGUCCGCAAGUACAGUGAGGCCCUGGAAGAACACGGGAAUUUCCUCAUCACUGUUCCUGGAGGCUCAGAUGGACCCAGCGGCGUUCUGAUCUGCUCCGAAAAUUACAUCACUUACAAGAAUUUCGGAGACCAGCCCGACAUCCGCUGUCCCAUCCCACGACGCAGGAACGACCUGGAUGACCCAGAGCGUGGCAUGAUAUUUGUCUGCUCAGCCACUCACAAGACCAAGUCCAUGUUCUUCUUCCUGGCCCAGACUGAGCAGGGCGACAUCUUCAAGGUUACUCUAGAAACAGAUGAAGAAAUGGUCACAGAAAUCAGGCUGAAGUACUUUGACACAAUCCCCGUGGCAACAGCCAUGUGUGUCCUGAAGACUGGCUUCCUGUUUGUUUCUUCAGAGUUCGGAAACCAUUAUCUUUACCAAAUCGCUCAUUUGGGUGACGACGACGACGAGCCCGAGUUCUCCUCUGCAAUGCCGCUGGAAGAGGGAGACACCUUCUUCUUCCAGCCUCGCCCACUCAAAAACCUGGUAUUGGUGGACGAGCAGGAGAACCUGUCACCCAUUAUGUCCUGUCAGAUUGCUGAUUUGGCCAAUGAAGACACACCUCAGCUGUAUGUAGCCUGUGGACGGGGACCGAGGUCUACUCUGAGGGUCCUUCGGCAUGGACUCGAGGUUUCAGAGAUGGCUGUGUCUGAACUUCCCGGUAACCCCAACGCUGUAUGGACAGUGCGCAGACACGUAGAAGACGAAUUUGACGCCUACAUUAUCGUGUCUUUCGUCAACGCUACUCUGGUUCUGUCCAUCGGGGAGACUGUAGAGGAAGUGACAGACUCUGGGUUUCUGGGAACGACGCCCACUCUGUCCUGCUCCCUGCUGGGCGAGGAUGCGCUGGUGCAGGUCUACCCAGACGGCAUCCGUCACAUCCGAGCUGACAAGCGUGUGAAUGAGUGGAAGACCCCUGGUAAAAAAACCAUCGUCCGCUGCGCCGUCAACCAGCGGCAAGUUGUCAUCGCCCUCACGGGAGGGGAGCUGGUCUACUUUGAGAUGGACCCCUCCGGCCAGCUGAAUGAGUACACAGAGAGGAAGGAGAUGUCUGCGGAUGUGGUGUGUAUGAGCCUGGCCAACGUUCCACCUGGUGAGCAACGCUCCCGGUUCCUGGCAGUCGGGCUGGUCGACAACACCGUGCGAAUCAUCUCCCUGGACCCUUCGGACUGCCUGCAGCCGCUGAGCAUGCAGGCCCUUCCAGCCCAGCCUGAGAGUCUGUGUAUUGUUGAGAUGGGAGGAGUUGAGAAACAAGAUGAACUUGGAGAUAAGGGAACCAUGGGCUUCCUCUACCUCAACAUUGGGCUUCAGAAUGGUGUGCUGCUGAGGACCGUUUUGGACCCAGUCACCGGUGACCUGUCAGAUACCAGAACCCGUUACCUUGGGUCCAGACCUGUCAAACUGUUCAGAGUCCGGAUGCAGGGACAGGAAGCUGUGCUGGCAAUGUCCAGUCGCUCCUGGCUCAGCUACUCGUACCAGUCCCGCUUCCAUCUGACCCCUCUCUCAUAUGAGACUCUGGAGUACGCCUCUGGCUUUGCCUCUGAGCAGUGUCCUGAAGGCAUAGUGGCCAUCUCCACCAACACGCUGAGAAUUUUGGCUUUGGAGAAACUAGGAGCGGUCUUCAACCAGGUGGCCUUUCCCCUGCAGUACACUCCCAGGAAAUUUGUAAUCCACCCGGAGACCAACAACCUAAUUUUGAUCGAGACUGACCACAACGCGUACACCGAGGCGACCAAAGCUCAGAGAAAGCAACAGAUGGCUGAGGAGAUGGUGGAAGCUGCUGGCGAGGAUGAAAGAGAACUGGCCGCUGAGAUGGCUGCCGCAUUCCUCAAUGAGAAUCUCCCGGAGGCCAUUUUCGGCUCCCCAAAGGCCGGAGCCGGGCAGUGGGCCUCACUGGUCCGACUGGUCAACCCCAUACAGGGUACAACGUUGGACCAGGUGCAGCUGGAGCAGAACGAAGCCGCAUUUAGCGUCGCAACGUGUCGCUUUACCAACACAGGGGAUGAUUGGUACGUUCUGGUGGGUGUCGCCAGAGACAUGAUUCUCAACCCCAGGUCGGUGGGCGGCGGCUUCAUCUACACCUAUCGACUGACCGGCGGAGGGGAGAAGCUGGAGUUUGUUCACAAGACCCCAGUCGAGGACGUGCCUUUGGCCAUUGCACCGUUCCAGGGACGAGUCCUGGUCGGAGUCGGGAAACUACUGAGAAUCUACGACAUGGGCAAAAAGAAGCUGCUACGCAAGUGUGAGAACAAGCACGUUCCCAACCUUGUGACCGGAAUCUAUACCAUUGGCCAGCGUGUCAUAGUGUCCGACGUGCAGGAGAGCCUGUUCUGGGUUCGUUACCGACGUAACGAGAACCAGCUCAUCAUCUUCGCCGAUGACACGUAUCCCCGCUGGGUGACAACAGCCUGUCUCCUGGACUACGACACCAUGGCGUCUGCUGACAAGUUCGGCAACAUCAGCAUUGUGCGUCUCCCACCCAACACCAGCGAUGACGUGGAUGAGGAUCCCACAGGGAACAAAGCUUUGUGGGACAGAGGUCUUCUUAAUGGAGCGUCACAGAAGGCUGAGAUCAUAAUGAACUACCAUGUAGGAGAGACGGUGUUAUCUCUCCAGAAAACCACUCUGAUUCCUGGAGGUUCAGAGUCCCUGGUCUACACCACGCUGUCCGGAGGCAUCGGCAUACUCGUCCCGUUCACUUCACAUGAGGACCACGACUUCUUCCAGCAUUUAGAGAUGCACAUGCGCUCCGAGUUUCCUCCGCUCUGUGGCAGAGACCAUCUCAGCUUUAGAUCGUACUACUUCCCAGUCAAGAAUGUGAUCGACGGAGAUCUGUGCGAGCAGUUCAACAGCAUGGAUCCUCACAAGCAGAAAAGCGUGGCAGAGGAGCUGGACAGGACGCCACCCGAGGUCUCGAAGAAACUGGAGGACAUUCGCACUCGCUAUGCCUUCUAAUCACACACACACACACACACACAGCAGAGGGACAAAAGAAUACAUUUAUUUUACCAAUUCAUCCGUUUUUAAAUACUGUGACACACCAGUCCGUGCAGUGAAACCACAGACCCCCUUCAGGGUUUCGAAUUGAACGCCAUUAAACAGUCGACUUUCCUCACACACACAAACAAUGCUUGGAAACACACAUUGGUCACGUAUGACGCAACUUGCAGUCGUCUUUCUAGCUAACUCAAGUGUCUGCGACGGUACACAAGCAGCCAGCCACAAAGCUGAGCACGGUAACGCUGCACCAUGUUCAGACUGCGUUACUAAGAAUUCACUGGCAGUUGUUCACACCUGCUUUGUGAUGAUGUUUAGCGGAAACCACACGCACGCAGGUCUUAAUACCCCAUUACGUGGAAACAUGACAAUGCUCAUCAUUCUGGUAACAUUGCCAAAUUUGUUUGCCCACACUUUUUUUUCUCUUCACACGUACGACCGUGUGAACUUUCGCAUACAGCUGUGGUAAAGUGAUUCCCGCGCGCUCCAACAACACGAGCAGAUUCUGCACCGUCAUCUGCGCAAACGCUGAACCAAAACCAUCCGCUCAUCGUCUCCGAGCAGGUGCGCACACGUUAUUUAAGGACUUUUUUUAGAUGAAACUCCAGUAGGAAGGUUAAUUAUUUCCUAAUGUACACAAAGUGUAGAUUGAUUGCUUAUUUCAUGCCUGGACUUUGGGAAUAUUUUCUUUAGAGAGAAGUAUUCUUUGCGUGUCGUCUGAUAUGAAGAAAACGAAACACGUUUUUUCGUAUGGUGUGAUUAUUUUAAUGUGUGUUAAUUGCAGCGAUCAGGUGUGACGCAUCUGCCUUUGUCCCACGUGUCGUCAAACCUUCCUUUAGCCCCUCGACCUUCCCGUAUUUUCGAUUCCCCGGCCUCAUUAAAGCACAUUGCUUACCCCCCCGAGAGCCAAACAGAAGCUGACCUCUAACUGAGUUUGAACCUCGGGCCACGGUUCAAGAAGUGUUUCCAUACUGUGGCAUUAGAAGAACUCAGACUAAAUAAGCGGGUGGAGGAAGAAAAAAAAAAUGUCCAAGGUUUGCACUGGGUGUUGUUCUUGUCCUGUAAAUUCCCAACCUCAGCCACAAACAUAGCAUUCCACGGUAGUCACUGAAUUCAGGGGUUUUGUGGGACAGGGGCAGUGGUCUGUUUUUUGUAAAUAAAGCUGUUUUUGUACUUUA